AAUGUUUAGGCAUUAUAAAGAUUUGUCUGACGUGGUGUCCCUUUUGGUGUACUGUCCCUCUGAGCGAUGUUACUUGUUUACUAAAGAAUCGAGUGGUGAAACAUGGUUACCUUCGAGCAAAUGCGAAAAAAACUGCUGGAAAAUGACCGCUCAUAAAAUUAAUUUUGAUCUGUUUGGCGCUGACGCCGGCACGACCUGCCAUCCGCUCCGAGUGUACAAGAUCUGGCUGCCGAACCACGUGCUGCACUGCGUGUACCAUGCCGUAUACAAGGUGGCCGUCAAAUCGGACGUCAAGAAGAGGUUGAAGUACAAAGCUGGCAUGCGGAACCGACUACAAUGGCUGAACGCGACGGAGCUGGAGCGGCAGCGAGCUCACUCCAACCUCCGCAGCCCCGAAAUAGUAUUGUUCGCGCUCAUGGCCACAGGCGAGCUCAAAGAUCCUGAUAAGGAUCCGGAGAUUGAGUCCGGUGCGUUGAUCGAGAUUUGCGAAGAGAAUGUGGUUAUCACGACCGACGCGGCGGGAGGAGCCGUCGCCAUGAUGACGCCCAACAUGCAACUGUUGCAAGCUGCCGGUUACAGUCGAGACGAUCAAAUCAGAAUGUAUCGCGAGUUCGUGCUGAUGGUGUUUCCCGCGGUAUACAUGAGCGUCAGUAUCUUCUCUCAGUUUAUGGUCGACCUCGGCUGGCAGAGGGCACAAUGCCAAAAUCUCUUCAGAGCGGCAGACAUAACAGGGCGAGGAGGUUUAUCCUUUCUGGAGCUGAUGCUUUGGUCAGCAGCACUGGAACCUGCUACUCAGCACAGCGGCGUGUCAGCUGAAAUACGAUGCAGAUAUAUCUUUAGGUACUUCGAUAACAAUCGAGAUAUGAAGCUGGAAUAUGUGGAGUUCAAGGAGCUAGUGGCAGCUGCCCGUGCUGCACGACAACUGCCCAUUGACGCUCUCAGUGUCGCUAAAGACGCUGACGUCUGCCUAAGGCAAUUAGGUAUGCAGCCAAACUCACAGCUGCCACUAGCAGAAUUCCUUCGAGGAGUUGGCGAGCUGCGGUUGAGAGGCACCAGUUCCUUACUGCGGUCGCCAAGAAGUAUCUCGGCUUACGUCGUGGAUCUGCAAGAACGGGACAAACACACUCCAGCUACAACAUCAGCUGGAGCAAAAAUUUCUGCCGGAACUGGGUCGUCGACGGUGUGUCCGCGCUCGGGGUCGGAGGCGCGGGCGUCGGGCGGCGCGGGCGCGGGCGCGGGGGCGCGGCGCCCGCGCGACUACAGCGUCGCCGUCUACAGCGUGCGCAUGCGCCGCCGCCCGCCCAACGAGCUGCUCGAACUCAGCAACUUCGAUGAGGACGCAGUCAGCCCGUCGACCGCGAAUCUCUUGAUGAACGCUGUGCAGUCGUUCGAUCUGCUCGGACCGAGCUGUAUGCCCGUAGAGGCGCUGGCUGCCGUGCACUACUUCGCCAGUACCAUUGAGAGACCGCACCAACGCCGGCCAUCGGGCGGCAGUUCCCUGAACAUGGUGAAGCAAGCAUGGGCGUGGAACUCUCCCGCCGAGGAGGUGGCCCUGGGAUCGCUGCUGCUGCGGCUGGCAGAAGCCGUCAAGCCCAUCUGCGCUAGCGAGCCGCGGCUGCUGCGUCUCACCUCACCUGUAUAUGCUGUGGGUGACCUGCACGGCAACCUGGGCGCGCUGCUGACGAUGGAGAGCGCGCUGUGGCCGGCGGGGUCGGCGCUGUCGGCGGCGCGGCUGCUGUUCCUGGGCGACUACGUGGACCGCGGCGCGCACGGCACCGAGCUCAUGGCCUACCUGCUGGCCGCCAAGCUGCAGCGCCCCGACGCCGUGCUCAUGGUGCGCGGCAACCACGAGACCAGGGACAUACAGAAGAUGUUCACCUUUUAUAACGAAUGCCUGAUAAAGUACGGAGAUCUCGAAGGCAAUAAAAUAUGGAAUGCAAUCAAUAAUGUGUUCGACGUGCUCCCCUUGGCUGCCGUUAUUGAUGACAAAGUGUUCUGCUGUCAUGGCGGCAUCCCGCCUCCGUGGGUGUGUCCACUGAUAUCUGCCAUAGACAAGGUGCCGGUGCCUCUCACGCGGCCUGCCGAGCAGAGCUCUAUAGCCUGGGAGCUGCUGUGGAAUGAUCCCAUCAAGCCGAACAAAAUGACAACGACCCUGCAACUAGAGCUGGCCUCCAACGAGGGCUUCGCUGCGAACACGAAACGCGGCACGGGCCACGUGUUCGACCAGACGGCGCUCGACCGCUUCCUGCUCGCCAACCAGCUGUCCCACGUGGUCCGGGCACAUGAACUGCACCAGAAUGGAUUCAUGUGCCAACUCCGCGGGCGGCUGAUAUCGGUGUUCUCGUCGUACCACUACUGCGGCGGAACCAAUGACUCGGGCGUGGCGCUGCUGGAGGGCGGCAAGUUGCGCCUCAUGCGAGUCAACACCGACUGACGUCACCACCCACCCCUGGGUCACUACGAUCCCUCAAUUCAAUACGUGAGGAAUUUUGCCACUCAAAAUUCAUAACAACAAAAUCUGAUUUAUACGUGGUAUGUAUUUUUUUCUUGAUGAUAUACAUGAAUGAAAACACAAAAUGAU